CUCUCCGCGCCGCCGGUGUGUUUAUCAUGAUGUCCUAACCAAGAUACUGAGCCAAACACAUCAAGCAGAUCAUUGUACAUUCCACAAACCCCCUAAACAUCAAAACUCGAAUAAAACUCCAUGAAACAUCGAUCUGCAUCGCCUCAAGAUGGAAAAGUUACGAAUGAAUGAGAAUAUCUUGACCACCAAACGAUCUUCGCAACCUGCCCUCCAAGGGAGCUCCUCAAAACGCCCAAGACUGGACCCAGCAGACCCUUCCCACCCAAAUAAAACCGACAAGGAAAUGCGACGUCUCAGGACUCACUUUCGCUCGAAACUAUCCCACAUUGAAACCAGCACCACUCAGCUCCAAGGUCUGCGAAAGCAAAUCGAAAAACUCCUGGAAAAAGAGGCGAAGAAACUGGAGAUCCAGGCGAAGAAUGAGCUUGAGAAGCUGGAGAAGUUGGAGCGUCACCUGGACAUAGAGAAUACCCCGAAGGACCCCCAGGACCUCCAAACCCUCCAGGAAGCCGACAUUUCCCCGAUGAAAACCCCGAUGAGGCAGAAGCUCCUGGACUUGUUGCCUGAGACCUCCAAAACGAAAAAAAAUCUCAAUUUCUCAGGGCUGGGACACACACCCACGAGCCCAGACAUAGGCAGCCCCCAGGAGCCCGACGAAGAGGCUCAGAUGACCCCGAAAAAACUCACCAAUGAGUCAGAACUGCACUUGCCCACUCUCCCCCCACAAUCUCCUUACUACGGAAUUGAGUCUCAACAGUGUAUGGUAAAAAUCCAGAAAUUGAACACUGAAAAAAUCCUCUGGGAGGAGCGAAAGACACUCCUGGUGAAGGCAGCACGUGUGAAUGAGCUGGAGGAGGAGCUGCAAGCCUCCAGAGACGUAAUCUCGACACUUCGUGAGGUUGAGAGGGAGAAAAUGACUCUUGAGCAGCGUGUUGAGGGGUUGAAGAAGGCACUGGAGCACGCGGAGACGAGGGAGCAGGACCUGAGGAUAAGUUGCGAGGAUUUGUCCAGAAAAAUUGAGGAAUUGCUGAAGACCAAAGCGAAGAGGGAGCAGGGGCUCGAGGAGGUGGAGGCUGCUCUGAGGUCUGAGAAUGCUGAGUUGAGAGCACAUGUUGAGAGUUUGAAGAGGGAGAAUGAGGAGCUGAUGAGGAAAUACGAGGGAGGGAGGGACGACGAGGUGGAUGUUACGAAUUAUGUGAAGGUUGAGGUGAUCACUGAAGAGGGAUUUUCGAAUCAACAUUAUGUGGAUGAUGUCGCUGGUGAUCCAGCGGUUGGUGCUGAGCAGGAGGAGACUGGGGUGGCAGAGGAGCCGGAGAGACCUGAGGUCCGUGGUGGGAAGCGUGGCUCAGGGUCGAGAAAGGGAAAGAAACAGGUGGGGACUGGGAGGAAGAGGGGGAGGGGCAAGCCUAAGGAUUUGAAGGAAUCGAAGGGCAGGGGAAGGAGGAAACGGGGGCGCCCACCAGGGAAGGGUCCUCUGAGGGCAGGGAAUAGGGUGGAGAGGAAUGAUAUCACUGUGGGUACGAUGAACUGUGUGAAGGUUGAGGCAAUCACAGACGAGGGACCAUCUCAUCACCAAAAUGAGGCUGGGCACGCCCUCGGGGAGGGUGCGACGAAUGAUGGUGCCCAGAACGGAGGAUGUGCUGAAGAGCCCGGGAAUUACCUGGAGGAAGAACUCUCCAGGAACUCUAGCAAACAGAGGAGAAUCAUGGUGGGAAAUAUUCCACUUUACCCAUCGCCCUCGACCUACUUUGACAUUGAUUUUUACUCGAAAUUCGUGAAGCAAGACUGCAAGACGUUCAUCUGCAUGAUGUGCACGGAGAUUUACAACACUAGACCAAAAAUCAUAGAUCAUAUAUGGUCUGCUCAUUAUCAGGGUCGAUGGAUGUGUCCUCACUGCCCACGGUCUGCGGGGGACAGGUAUGGCGCGCUGAUGCACGCCAAGAAAUUCCAUCGUUCGGAAAAAUAAGGCGGUUUAGGGGGUCUUGAGUUGGAGGGGGAAUUGGAAUUCGGUGGGGAUGGCGAACGGUGUUUUUAAUUUUAUCAGGGGGUGAGUUUGAGUUACGUACAAUUUUUAUUUAUGAUUUUAUGGGGAAACAUGAAGUAUUUAGGGGUUCAUUCCGAUGCGAAAAUAUUAUUCGUGAAUUUUAAUUUAUCAGAUUCAAUUUUAUCAGUUAGUGUUUGGGGAAUUUUUUGUUGUUGAUGUCGUUGUCGAAAUAUUGAUAAAUUGCCCGAAAUAUCUUCUCUGACAUAUUUGCGAUAUAAUGAGCAAAUGAAUGUUGAAAUUUUUUCAUCUUGAUUACACUGUGACAAAAAUCAACGAAAGACCGGAAAAAUGCAGAAAUUAAAUAAUCAAUGGUGUACAGUACGAAUUCAGUGAGAGUACAGUGAAAUUUGCCCGUCUUCCUCUGGUGCUUUUUCACCAACAGGUCACGCGGAGAAAUUUUAUUUUAAAUCGUUAGGUGCGAUAAUUGUUUAUUUGAUUUUGUCAGGGGAUAAGUUAUGAAUUAUGUAGAAAUUUUUAUUUGUGAUUUUAUGGGGGAAGACCAAAGUAUUUGGUAUUUCAUUUGAAUUGGAAAAUACUAUCGAUGAAGAAGGUUCGGGCCGCUCCCUUUUAUCAUUUAGUAUUUGGAGAAUUUCUUGGUGUUACUGUCAUUGUCACAAUAUUCGUAAAUUGCCCGGAACCUCUUCUUCUCUGACAUAUUUGCGAUGUAUUGAGCAAAUGAAUGUUGAAACUCUCAUCUUAACUACACUGUGAAAAAAAUCAACGAAAAAAGACGGAAAAAAUGCAGUAAUAAAAUGAUAAAUGGUGUACAGUAAAAAUUCAUUGAGAGUAUGGUGAAAUUUAUUCAUCUUCCUAGUACUUUUUCACCAGCAUGUCACGCCGAAAAACUCAUUUUCCUCUUGAUUUCGAAUAAUAAUUCUUGGAAUACCAUUUCACUCUUCAAAUACAUAUAAAUUGCAUAGUAAUUUUGUUCGAAUUUAUUUCUUCGUGUAGUCUACUGUGGAAAUGUGUUAUAAGAAUUGACGAGGCUCUUGGAGCACUUUGUCGUUCAUAGAUCCAAUAAAUAGAGAAAUUGAGUAUUA